GAAUUCUGAAUUUCUAUGUAGCUCCAUUCAUAUCACGAAAUUCACGAUGGAGGACCAUGACGACCAAACUCACCCACUUCUCACGCGGCGACACCACACACCAGACUCCUCCGCCGUCGUCUUCACGGCGACAUCCGAUGAUAUCGCUCCGAUAGGCGGCGCCGGCGACUUCGCCAGAGAGUUCUUCGCCGAGUCGAAGAAGCUCUGGUACCUCGCCGGCCCUGCCAUCUUCACCUCCGUCUGCCAGUACUCCCUCGGCGGCGUCACCCAAGUCUUCUCCGGCCACGUCAACACCCUCGCCCUCGCCGCCGUCUCUGUCGAAAACUCCGUCAUCGCCGGCUUCUGCCUAGGCAUCACGUUUGGAAUGGGAAGCGCGUUGGAAACGCUAUGUGGACAAGCUUACGGAGCAGGGCAAGUGCACAUGCUGGGAGUGUACAUGCAGCGCUCGUGGGUGAUUCUGAACGCCACCGCGAUCCUGCUGUCGCUCCUCUACAUCUUCGCGGGGCAUAUGCUUAGAGCUAUAGGGCAGACGGAGGCGAUUUCGGCGGCGGCGGGGGAGUUCGCGUUGUGGAUGAUCCCGCAGCUGUUCGCGUACGCGGUGAACUACCCGGCGCAGAAGUUCCUGCAGGCGCAAAGCAGGAUCAUGGUGAUGGCGUGGAUCGCGGCGGCGGCGCUGGUGCUGCACACUUUGUUCAGCUGGUUGCUCAUUCUGGAGUUCGGGUGGGGUCUCGUCGGCGCCGCCGUGGUGCUGAACGCGUCGUGGUGGUUCAUCGACAUUGCACAGCUCGUUUAUAUAGUGAGUGGGGCCUGUGGGGAGGCUUGGUCCGGAUUUACCUUCAAAGCCUUUCACAAUCUCUGGGGCUUCGUUCGUCUCUCUCUUGCCUCUGCUGUCAUGCUCUGCCUUGAAGUGUGGUAUUUUAUGGCCCUGGUCCUCUUCGCUGGAUAUUUAAAGAAUGCAGAAGUUUCGGUCGAUGCCUUAUCUAUCUGCAUGAACAUAUUGGGAUGGACCAUCAUGGUAUCCUUUGGAAUGAACGCAGCCGUAAGUGUGAGGGUGUCAAAUGAAUUAGGAGCAUCUCACCCAAGAACAGCAAAGUUUUCACUUCUUGUUGCUAUGAUCACUUCGACUCUGAUCGGUGUCAUGCUCUCCAUGGUGCUGAUCAUCUUCCGGAACCAUUACCCUUUCUUUUUCUCAAAUGAUUCAGAAGUGAGAGCGAUGGUGGUGGAGCUCACACCCAUGUUGGCCCUUUGCAUUGUCAUCAACAACGUGCAACCCGUUCUCUCAGGGGUUGCUGUUGGCGCAGGGUGGCAGGCUUUGGUUGCUUAUGUGAACAUUGCUUGUUACUACCUAUUUGGUAUUCCUCUGGGCCUUGUUUUGGGAUACAAGCUUGACAUGGGUGUCAUGGGGAUUUGGUCUGGAAUGCUGUCAGGAACUAUCUUACAAACUUGUGUUCUAUUCUUCCUUGUCUAUAGAACAGAUUGGAAUAAAGAGGCAUCCCUUGCGGAAGAUAGAAUAAAGCAGUGGGGUGGGCAUGAAGAUUCAUAAACGCACGCUAUAGGGAAGAAUAAUGGUCAAUAAACAUGAAAUUCUGUUUCUCUUUCUUAGGAUCAGGUGAACGAUCCUGCAUUCAUUGUUUUUCCUUAAAAAGUAAAUGAGCAAUAUUAUGUUUUCUGAAUAAUUCUUCUAGUGUUUUAUAAUAUUAGUAUUGGAAAAAAAAAGUGGAUAAAUUUAAUAUCUUAAGAAUA